UCCGGAUGCGCCAUUACUAUGCGCGGGAUUCUGGUCCGCCAAACGAAGUGGGGCGGGUUCCGAGGGAAGCGCACUUCCGGUGCCCUUUCUCCCGCGAGCUCUAAGGCCCCCAAUCCUCGUGUGCAAGGCGAGGUCUGUAAACUGGAGUGGGGUAGAAGCUGGCGGGCACCCCCUCCUGACCGCUGGUGCCGCCGCCUUCAGGAGGCUCAGACAUGGCCCAGAAUUUGAAGGACUUAGCGGGACGCCUGCCCGCCGGGCCUCGGGGCAUGGGCACGGCGCUGAAGCUGCUGCUGGGGGCCGGGGCGGUGGCCUACGGCGUCCGUGAAUCCGUGUUCACUGUGGAAGGUGGUCAUAGAGCAAUCUUCUUUAAUCGUAUUGGUGGCGUGCAACAGGACACAAUCCUGGCCGAAGGCCUUCACUUCAGGAUCCCCUGGUUCCAGUACCCCAUCAUCUAUGACAUUCGGGCCAGACCUCGAAAAAUCUCCUCCCCCACAGGCUCCAAAGACCUGCAGAUGGUGAACAUCUCCUUGCGUGUACUGUCUCGACCCAAUGCUCAGGAGCUCCCCAGCAUGUACCAGCGCCUAGGGCUAGACUACGAGGAGCGAGUGCUGCCAUCCAUUGUCAAUGAGGUGCUCAAGAGUGUGGUGGCCAAGUUCAAUGCCUCGCAGCUGAUCACCCAGCGGGCUCAGGUGUCCCUGUUGAUCCGAAGAGAGCUGACCGAGCGUGCCAAGGACUUCAGCCUCAUCCUGGAUGAUGUAGCAAUCACAGAGCUGAGCUUCAGCCGAGAGUACACAGCUGCUGUAGAAGCCAAGCAAGUGGCCCAGCAGGAAGCCCAGCGGGCCCAGUUUUUGGUGGAGAAAGCGAAGCAGGAACAGCGACAGAAGAUUGUGCAGGCUGAGGGGGAGGCAGAGGCUGCCAAGAUGCUCGGAGAAGCACUGAGCAAGAAUCCUGGCUAUAUCAAGCUCCGGAAGAUCCGGGCUGCCCAGAACAUCUCCAAGACGAUCGCCACGUCACAGAACCGGAUCUAUCUCACAGCUGACAACCUUGUGCUGAAUCUACAGGAUGAAAGCUUUACUCGGGGAAGUGACAGCCUCAUUAAGGGUAAGAAAUGAGUGUGGACAUCAAGAACCCCACCACCAGAGAAGUUUGUGUACUGCUCCAGUUUGGAGGAGCCAGCUAGGGGUCAAGCACCCCCCACCCUGACCUAAGCAUCAUGUGACGGAUUCUUCUGUCUCUGCCCUCUUGGAUUAAGGAAGACUGAAGACCAGCCCUGAGAGGGUUUCCUCCUUCCUGUAUUGGCUGGGAAGGGGGAGACGGGACAGCGUGAUUUCUCAGUGAUUUCCCUCUCCCAGAAUGGGGGGAGAUAACCACCAUGCCAGGAAUUCUCAAUAAAAUUUUUAUUACUUAAACUAAAGCCAAAACUUUUGCAUCUGAGUAU